GCCCAGGCCCUACCGACGUGGCUGUCCCUGGGCCGUAACCAGCACCUGCAGCUUGGCACUGGCCGUUGUAAAUAAAAAGGAAACUUAAAUGUCUUCAGAAGACAAAGAAGCUCAGGAGGAUGAGCUGCUGGCCUUGGCUAGCAUCUACGAUGAAGAUGAGUUCAAGAGAGCCGAGUCUGCACAAGGAGGAGAAACAAGAAUUUGUUUGGAAUUGCCUCAGAACUUCAAAAUUUUUGUGAGUGGCAGUUCCGCAGACAGCCUCCAGAAGAGCAGCUUUGAAUACACCGUUUGCUUUCUGCCUCCCCUCGUGCUGAAUUUUGAGCUCCCACCAGACUACCCAUCGACCUCCCCGCCUGCCUUUACCCUCAGUGGCAAAUGGCUCUCCCAAGCACAGCUCAGUGCUCUUUGCAAGCAUUUAGACAACGUUUGGGAAGAGAAUCGAGGCUGCGUGGUCUUGUUUGCCUGGAUGCAGUUCCUGAAGGAAGAAACGCUGAGUUACCUGAAUAUUUCCUCCCCCUAUGAGCUAAAAAUGUGCCAUCAAGGGAGCGCUCAGAGUAGGACGCCUUUGGUCCCUCUAGAUGCUGAGAAGGGUUGUGGUGGUGCAGCAGGCUCUGCAGCAGCUGAUGAAGAAAUCAUCGAUGAAAGAGCUGUGCAGGAUGUGGAAUCGUUGUCAAGCCUGAUUAGGGAGAUCUUGGACUUUGAUCAGGCUCAGAGAAGAAAGUGCUUUAACAGUAAGAUGUACUUGUGCAAUAUCUGCUUCUGUGAGAAGCUGGGCAGUGAAUGUAUGUACUUCACCGAGUGCAGCCACGUCUACUGCAAAGCCUGCCUGAAGGACUACUUUGAAAUACAGAUCAGGGACGGUCAGGUCCACUGCCUCAACUGCCCGGAGCCGAAGUGUUCUUCUGUCGCUACUCCUGGCCAGGUUAAAGAGUUGGUUGGAGAGCAAUUGUUUGCACGGUAUGACCGCCUGCUUCUGCAGUCUAGCUUGGACUUGAUGGCAGACGUAGUGUAUUGCCCUCGCCCAGGCUGUCAGACACCGGUCAUGCAAGAACCAGGUUGCACCAUGGGCAUAUGUUCCCGUUGCAACUAUGCUUUUUGUACUCUCUGUAAAAUGACUUACCACGGGGUCUCACCGUGUAAAGUAACUGCAGAGAAAUUGAUGGAUUUGCGUAAUGAAUAUUUAGAAGCAGAUGAGGCAACUAAAAGAUUUCUGGAACAGCGCUACGGCAAGCGAGUGAUUCAGAAAGCCCUUGAGGAGAUGGAGAGUAAAGAGUGGCUAGAGAAGAACUCCAAGUCUUGCCCUUGCUGUGGUACUCCUAUAGAGAAACUAGAUGGCUGUAACAAAAUGACGUGUACUGGCUGCAUGCAGUACUUCUGCUGGCUUUGUAUGGGUUCUCUGUCGAGGGUGAACCCAUACAGGCACUUCAACGAUCCAUCUUCCCCGUGCUUUAACCGAUUGUUUCAAGCUAUGCAUAUUGAUGGUGAGUUCUGGGAAGGUGAGGAUGACGACUAGGAGCCUUCUCUAGCAGCAACAGCUGAAGAAACCAGAGACAGAUGCUUUCCGUUUUCGUGUUGAGUCUGUUUGAUUUUUCAGUACCAUUACGUGAUAGAGGGAUGAUACUACCUUGCACUACAGGAAUCUCAUACAACUCUUCAGAGGCUGUUGUCAGAGCCAAAGGAGGCCAUUUUACCCACCUGGUGGACAGGAUCGCCACUGAAAGUCCCUAGUAAUCGUAUCCAGUGCUAAAGCAGAUGCAGCCAGACAGAAGUUUGAAAAUAAAUGGGAAAAUCUGUACCAAGCGAUGCUACUCUUUCAAAACCAAACCCCCAAAUCGUAGAAAUAUUUUGGAGUUUUCUUUAGGGAGACUGAGCUUUCAAGGAUGUUGGCUAGUACCCCUGGGUUUUCAGGGCAGUUUUACUCCAGCUGCAGUGCUCUUUCUGGAGCUAUUUAGUUAUGCCACGUGGAGAGGGAAAGCUUUCUGAAACAGCACAGGAAUUUUCUGUAUUCAGUGCCUGAGCCCAUUGCUUCCAUAGCAUUUCUUGACCUGUUUCUUUGAAAGCAGCUUGUUGCUCUGUCACUGAGAGUUGUAACAGCGGUAAAGUUGAUUAUCCAUAACACCCCCUCGUACUGGCUGUAAUGCCCGGGUCCUUUCCUGAAUGUUUUGGCAGAAAAUGACCAACAACCAUUUCCUGAAAUGUGUAUCAACCUGAGGACUGAUCUGCAUUGCUGUCCUCUUGCCUGUCCUUAUUUUGACUGUGAUGAGUGCUAAAGCAAUGAACUGAGGCUGGCCAGUGAGGGGAUGAAAAGUGUUGAAUACUGAAACACAUUGGUAUGGAUGCACAGGAUUAACUUGAAUUCUUCAAGGUACUGAAAAUGACCUUGUUUUUCUCACCAGGUGAAGAAGUAACUUAUUUAAUAACUCUUCAUGUAAGGAAUUUGAUUAGUUAAUAGUUGUUUUUUUUUUUGUUUUAUUCCCCUCUGGACUAGAUCCCUCAUUUCCACUGUUCUUGCCCUUCAAAAUAUUUCAAAACCCCCUUUUUCCCAAAAAGCUCAGUAAGUAGUUUUGGGAGCAUGAAAGUAAUUAUUGGAGGGAACCACUAAUUUUUAGGAGUUUUUUCCACUUGCAGAAUGGUCUAAAAUUUAUUUUGAAUUAAACCUGCAUGUGCUGUGUUUAAAACAAAUAGCAGGGUCUGGAUGGAUAGCUCAGGAGCUUGAAAACUUUUCAGAAACUCGAACACCUCUCACUCAGUUUUGAUAGUAAAUAAAUUUUACUUAGAUAUCUGGCCCAAAUGAGUGUUGAUUUAAUUCCUUUUGCAGAGGCUAGAAGUCUGCUAGACAUGGCAGUGAUUAAAAGGGUAAGAGAGGAACAGUGGAUCUCGUCUUGGUUUAGGCAUCAGGGCAGCGUACAGGGGAAGUUUACAUUGUGUGUGGUUUCACUUGUAUUUCCUGCACCUUUCACAUGCACUAAAUUCACUUUAAGACAGUAAA